AAAACAUUCCUUUUUCUCAUAGUUCUAUAUAUAUAUAUAGAAAUCAACCAAAAUUCUUACAUCAAAAUCUCCUCUUUCUUUCUCCUCUUCUUACACCCUUCAACCUUCUCUUCUUGUAUUGUCUUUCUUUUCAAAACCAAACAACAAACAAGAAGUAAAGAAGAAGUGAAGGGAAAGAAAUAAAAAAAAAAAAAAAAAAGAUGGUGAAGUUUUCAAAGGAGUUAGAAGCACAACUUAUACCAGAAUGGAAAGAUUAUUUCGUAAAUUAUUGGCAGCUUAAAAAACAAAUUAAAAAAAUAAAAAUUUCUCGUAAAUCAAAACAAGUAAAUCAACUCUAUAGCAAUUCUUCAGCUUCUACCCAUUGCUCCAACUUUAUUCAUUCGGCUUUUGGUUCAGCACGAUCAUUCAUCUCUGUUAUUUCCAAUAAAUUCUCUAACUCUACUUCUUCAGAAGACAAUGAGGUAAUGAAGAGGAAAUCUAUAGAAGAAGAAACCGACCAAGAUGUUGAUGAGGAGAAUGAAACUGAACUUUCACAACUCUUCUCUGAAGAAGAUGAGGUGAAGAUGUUUUUUGGGAUGUUGGACGAGGAGCUUGAAAAGGUGAAUCGUUUCUAUACUGCUAGGGAAAUAGAAUUCUUAGAGAGAGGUGAAAGUCUUCUUAAGCAACUACAAAUAUUACAAAAUCUUAAGCCAAUAUUUGAACAACGUCGACGAAAAAAAUUCCUUUCACCAAUGUCAUCGUUCCAUGGAGGAUUUCUUUCACGUUCUAACUCAACUUCAGCUCGAAAUUCUGACUAUUCUGGAAACAUAUCUGAAAACAAUGAGGAUACUGAUGCCUCUUCUCAGACAGAGGAAGUAAUAGCAGCUCUUGAAAAGAAUGGGUUGAAUUUGAUUGGUGCUGCUACCCGGGCUAAGACGAAGAAAGGGAAGCCUAAAAUGGCUCUGAGGAUCGACAUUCCGCCAACCACUCCUGGUCGGACGAUCUCAGCUGUUACGUCCUCAUUGUGGGAGGAUCUAGCUAAUAGUCCUAGCAAGGACACCCCAGGAGAUAUGAUUAACAGGAAGAAAAUUCAGUGUGCUGAGAAGAUGAUCAGAGGUGCCUUUGUUGAACUUUACAGGGGUCUUGGCCUUCUCAAAACUUACUGCACACUGAAUUUGGUAGCGUUCACCAAGAUUCUAAAGAAAUUUGACAAGGUUGCAAAUCGCCAAGCAUCUGCGAAUUAUUUGAAGAAAGUGAAGAGUUCUCAUUUCAUGAAUUCUGACAAGGUGGUUAGAUUAAUGGAUGAAGUGGAGUCCUUAUUCAUCAAGCACUUUGCCGACAAUGACAGAAAAAAGGCCAUGAAAUUCUUGCGUCCUCAACAACAGAAGGACUCCCACAUGGUUACCUUUUUUGUUGGAUUGUUUACGGGCUGUUUUAUGACCCUUUUUGUUGUGUAUGCCAUUUUGGCUCAUAUCUCUGGUUUGUUUUCGCCUGGAAGCAAGGAUGAGUCUGGUUACAUGGAGACUGUAUAUCCUAUUUUUAGUACAUUUACUCUACUGAGCUUGCAUCUCUUCAUGUAUGGAUGCAACUUGCUAAUGUGGAAGGCGACAAGGAUCAAUUAUACAUUUAUAUUUGAGUUCUCCCCAAAGACUGCUCUAAAAUACAGGGAUGCCUUUCUUAUCUGCACCUCCUUGAUGACUUCUGUAGUUGGUGCCCUGGUCAUUCACCUCAUUUUAAGAUCUAGUGGUUUUUCGGCACAACAAGUUGAUGCUAUUCCUGGCAUCCUCCUCCUGAUCUUUUUUGUAAUACUUUUCUGCCCCUUCAAUAUAUGCUAUCGUUCCACUCGAUUUUGCUUCUUAAAGGUGAUACGUAACAUAGUGUUCUCACCAUUAUACAAGGUUUUGAUGGUAGAUUUUUUCAUGGCUGAUCAGCUGACUAGCCAGAUUCCGCUGCUUCGGCACUUGGAAACCACUGCCUGCUAUAUACUUGCUGGCACAAUCAAGACACACCACUAUGAUGUUUGCAAGAAGGGAAAGCUGUACAGAGAGAUUGCUUAUGUAAUUUCAUUUGCACCAUAUUACUGGCGUGCAAUGCAGUGUGCCAGAAGGUGGUUAGAGGAAUCUGAUGUGAAACAAUUAGCUAAUUUGGGCAAGUAUGUUUCUGCCAUGGUCGCAGCUGGUGCUAGGUUAACGUUUGCCCAGCAACAGGAACCGACAAUUCUUUGCACAACACUAGUUGUAGUCACUUCUGCCGUAGCCACAAUAUACCAGUUAUAUUGGGAUUUUGUGCAAGACUGGGGAUUUUUUAACCCCACGUCCAAAAACCCUUGGCUGAGAGAUGAUCUUGUUCUGAAGAACAAAUGUAUCUACUACAUUUCCAUUGUUCUCAAUUUGGUUCUUAGAAUUGCUUGGGUGGAGAGCGUGAUGAGGUUCAUAAAAGUUGGCAAUAUUGAAGCCAAAUUUUUGGACUUCACAUUGGCUUCCCUAGAAGUAAUUCGUCGGGGGCACUGGAAUUAUUAUAGGGUGGAAAAUGAGCAUCUAAACAAUGUCGGAAAGUACAGGGCAGUGAAGGAAGUUCCACUGCCAUUCCGUGAAACGGAUUCAGACAGCUAAUGCGCUCAACUGUUUCGUCAAGUUUUGUACAGAUUCCUUGUUCUCAUCAGGUGGAAAAUAUGCAAAUUCAUUUCCAUCUUACACAAAUUGAAAGGGUUGCGCUGAAAAAUCGGGCACAGAUGAAAACUUUGUUGCUCAUUAUUCAUCUGAAGAUUAUGUUCAUGUAACGUGCAAGGCCGUGUUCUCUUCUGUAUAGAAGGUGAAUCAUUGAAUUAGAAUGUCUGCUUUCAAGUUGGACAUUUUGUUGGGGCAAUAUAUGAUCUAAAUGUAUGUUAAUUUUUUGUAACAAUGACAUCUUAUCUCUUGUAAGCAAUAAAAUUUUGAAUCAUUUGAAUAUAAAUGAAUUCUUGUUUCAUCGUUUUCUUUUUACUGUUGACAUGUGAAGCAACUACUUUUAUAUAUGAUAUAUGAUGCAAAAUGGAUCUUGUUU